CGAAGCGCUCGAAGCGCUCCGAAAGCGACAACAAACAAGAUGCAACUGAAAGGCCAUCGCUGCCCCGAAGUGGCUAGGAACCCCGUCUUGUACCUCCUCAGUCUCCACCUCCACCAUCCCCAUCUAUUCGCGACAGCGAAUGGGGAGAAGACGAUGUCUAUACACUUCGCGAACCCGACCCUGAUACAGUCCCCCAAGAUAUGACGAAUCUCGGAGCGUACACCCCAGGAGACACUGAUCGACGAUCGGUUUAUUCGACAAUAAUGCAACGACACCCGGAAGUGACAAGCCCCAUAGUGUAUUCGCCGCUUGGGAGAGAUGUAUUUUGGGGUACUGAUGCGUUUGGCUCCGACGACCCCGUUGGCGAAGCUUCGCCUCCCAUGGGCCAAGGCCAACUUUCUUUGGACUACUUUCCACCAAUCAACCGUGGAGAUUCUAAUCCCGCCCCGGGGAUCAAGGACAAAACCUUAGAUGAACCAGAGUUCACAACGCCCAUGGAUUUGGACACCUCCUCAGAUGAUGAGAGUCUACCCGAGCUUACGCGAUGCAAAACCACAAGCUCCCGUGGUUCUUCGUACAGCGAAAACACUUUCUUAGACCUUAAUGACACUUCGGCAAAUCUUUUCGAUGAGGUUUGGUCCCUGACUUUUCUUCCCUCACAGGUUGGUCAGCAUCAUGCGAUUCAACCUACCCUUUACUACGAAAGACAAACAAGACAUACGCAGCUCGGCCCGUCUCCCACAAGAUCGCCUGAACUUCCUGUCAAUUCCCCUCCACUGGACGUGAACGAUACAGUUCCUCCCCUGGGAGAAGGAUAUUCUUGGUUCAACGGCGAUAUGUUGGGCGGCGAAAUUCUUUGGACUAGCAACUUGGAUGGCUCCUCUCCGGAAACUACGAGCAGAGGCCGACAGCCAAGUGCUCAUGAUACCGCCCCGAGUUCAACCAGAGUGACGAACCAAGGGCGAACCAACCUUGACAACAGACACAUCUCAGCACCAUUCAGGCCCAAGGAGGCCGCAGGCGCGAAACCCUAUCCCAAUAAUCCUCCUUCCUCGCCGAAGUCGACUACUUCUGGCCAGAACGGCGCUUCCCAAUGGACACGGCCAUGGAAACGUGAGGAAUACAAAGAGGACGGACUUUGGCUUUGCCCACGCUGUGAAAGAUUUCUAGACCGAGAUAACCCACUACCAGGCGACCUAGAUGAGGUGAUCGGAGCGCAUCACAGGCUGGGCAUAUCGCCUCCGUUUGUGCGGAAGGCUGGAGAGCCGCUCCGGAGAAGACAGUGCGGCCACUGCAAACGAGAAAACUUCUGUCACAUGUUGAAGCAGUUUGAAACAAACUGGUAGGCACCUAGGGUAGCCUAGAGGAAGUAGUUCUGGCCAAGUUGUGAAGUGAAAUGGGCGGGCGAGGACUACAGUAUUGGGUACUCGAGGCUCAACUUGGUAGAAAUCAACAAAGCCAAUUGUCCCAACCUCAUGUAUCGAUCCUUCGAGGAGUUUCGUCCGAGGGAGGUGGAGAGGCAGGGCCCAAGUCAUCUUCAAGACCUUCAUCAGCCGCUGAUGCCAACGCUCGAUUUCUUCUCUCGACGCGUCUUCUCCACGGCUUAUAGAU